GUUUCUUCCUGUAACUCGGCCAGAAUGAGUGUUUCUGGGUGAAACAUUCUGAGUGUGUCUGCUGGGUGCUGUGAGGGGAGCUCGGCAAGCUCAGAACUCCAGACAUGGAAGUAGUGACCUAUGAUGACGUGCAUGUGAAAUUCACUAUGGAAGAGUGGGCUUUGCUGGAUCCUUCUCAGAAGAGUCUCUACAAAGAUGUGAUGCUGGAGACCUAUAGGAAUCUCACAGCUAUAGGCCACGUUUUGGAAGAUCGUACUAUUGGUGAACAUUUUCCAGGUUCUAGAAGACAUGGAAGGCAUGAAAGAAGUUGUUUUGGAGAGCAACCUGCUGAGAUUGUUCAAUGUGCUAAAGCUUUUGCAUGCCAGAGUCAUAUUCAAAGGCAUGAAAGAACUCAUAAUGGACAGAAACCCUAUGAAUGUAACCAAUGUGGUAAAAUCUUUGCAGAUAGCAGUGUUCUCAAAUGUCAUCAAAGAACACAUACAGGAGAGAAACCCUAUGAAUGUAACCAAUGUGGUAAAGCCUUUGCACAUAGCAGUGCUCUCCGAUGUCAUAAAAGAAUACAUACAGGGGAGAAACCCUAUGAAUGUAACCAAUGUGGUAAAGCCUUUGCACACAGCAGUGGUCUGAAAUAUCAUAAAAGAACACAUACGGGAGAGAAAACCUAUGAAUGUAACCAGUGUGGUAAAGCGUUUGCACGUAGCAGUGUUCUCCGAUGUCAUAAAAGAACACAUACAGGGGAGAAACCAUAUGAAUGUAACCAAUGUGGUAAAGCCUUAGCACAUAACAGUGCUCUCCAAUGUCAUAAAAGAACACAUACAGGGGAGAAACCCUAUGAAUGUACCCAAUGUGGUAAAGCCUUUGCACACAGCAGUGGUCUGAAAUAUCAUAAAAGAACACAUACGGGAGAGAAAACCUAUGAAUGUAACCAAUGUGAUAAAGCCUUUGCACGUAGCAGUGCUCUCCAAUGUCAUAAAAGAACGCAUACAGGGGAAAAACCCUAUGAAUGUAACCAAUGUGGUAAAGCCUUAGCACAUAGCAGUGCUCUCCGAUGUCAUAAAAGAACACAUACAGGGGAGAAACUCUAUGAAUGUAACCAAUGUGGUAAAGCCUUUGCACACAGCAGUGGUCUGAAAUAUCAUAAAAGAACACAUACAGGGGAGAAACCCUAUGAAUGUACCCAAUGCGGUAAAGCCUUUGCACGAAGCAGUGGUCUCAGUUAUCAUAAAAGAACACAUACAGGGGAGAACCGCUAUGAAUGUAACUAUUGUGGUAAAGCCAUAGCAGGAAAGAGUAAACUCCAAAUACAUAAGCGAACACAUACAGGGCAAAAGCUCUAUGAAUGUAACCAAUGUGGUAAAGCCUUUGCUGGAAGCAGUGGUCUCGAUUAUCAUAAAAGAACACAUACAGGGGAGAAACCCUAUGAAUGUAAGCAAUGUCGUAAAGCCUUUGCGUGCAGCAGUGGUCUCAAAUAUCAUAAAAGAACACAUACAGGAGAGAAACCCUAUGUAUGUAACCAAUGUGGUAAAGCUUUUGCACAUAGCACUGUUCUCCAACGUCAUAAAAGAAUACAUACAGGGGAGAAACCAUAUUGAUGUAACCAAUCUGAUAAAAAUUUUUCACAAAACCAGAGUCUUAAUACAUAUUAAAGAACAUGUAUUUGAGCAAA